AUGGCCAAGCGCUCCUCGACGCUUAAGCAGUUCCUGCUGCGCGUACACCCCGACCACUUCCGCAACAUCCCUAAAGUGCACGAUGAGAAUUUGCAUUCCGUCAAGCUUCUGAACCAGUUUAUGGACGAGCAUUAUGCGUCUCAAGGCGGUGGGGGGUCUAUCAACUGGAGACGACUAGGCGCUUCGAAGGAGAAGCUGAAGCGGUUUCCUUUGGAGCUGGCUUCCAAUAUUGAAGCCAAGAUGAUCUCGGUGCUAAGAGACGGAUGGAAACGCCCUAGUAGCAUGGACUUCGGCGGGUUUACUAUGGACGGGAUGUACGCCAAGGCGAAUCGAGCAGCUGCAGCAUCAGCUUCCAGACGGAGGAGGAAACCAAUCCAUACUUUUAAAGAGCUACUGGAGUAUAUGAAGGAAGACGAGACAAAUGAGACCCAGCAGAGACGUCGCAUUGCCUGGCAAUCGAUUCAAUCAGUAAGAGGAACUCUCAAACGUGAAUUGGGCCUUGAAGACGUGUUAUUCUCGUGCGGAUGGUCAACGAUGCACUUGAACACAACGGCCAUGAUCCUUCUACAAACCCUACGCAAGUAUACAAGAGCUAACAAGCAAGGUAUCUUCACUCCAAAGGAUUUCUUGCACGGUGCAACGAUUGACAUCAGUGCCAGCCCGUCUGGAGUAGACUUUAACAACGAAUACCGGAUCGAGUUCAACCCAACUGAUGUCCCUGUGCAGUGGGUCCAAGUUCUGGAGAGCAUUGAUGUAAAUAUGGUACUUUUCAUGAAGGCAGCACGGGAGAGUUUAAGGUCAUUGCAGACUAAUGCAACCGCUGCUCUCGGAGAAGCAACCAUCCUAAGAGGGCAUACAUGCUCGGCUCUCGGAUACCGGACAUUUUUGCAAAGCAUUUGGCAACGCGACGCUGCGUACGAGGACGAACAAGGCCUACUAGAAAAGUUUGCACUCGUGAUUGAAGACGAAUUAUACGACUGGAGGAUUUUGGAGACUGGGGAAGUGCGAGCGCCCUUCACCAGUUCGUAUGGGGAAGCAGUCACGUUUCUAACCAGAAAUCGAUCACAGAUCCACCGCCAGCAAGAGGCGCACAAUGCCAAUUUAGAGGCUUUCGCGUACAUUUCCUCACGCUGUGUGGACGCCAUGCACGUCAAAGAGAUCACGCGUGAUGAAGGGAUUUCAGUUGCAGACGCCAUUGUGGCUUGCGAAGAGCUGUUGAAAGCUGUGGCCGGGAUGACUCCGCAGAGUUCCAGGGCCUCCAUUCCACAGGAAUUGGCGCGCUUCCUCGACACGUACACACAAGACCGCAGCAUUUGCGUCAGCCGCACGUACGGAUUGGGUCAAGACGGGAUCUUCACGCUGCCUGUCGAUUGGUUUAAAUGGUGA